GUGGCAGGGGCUUUAUUACUGCUACAUCGCUUCCAUGCAGUGGAUGUGGAAAUGAGUGUAGUCUCACACUCGGGUUUGGGAGCCGAGUUCGAGUAAGCAGAAUCCUCCUCCCUUUGCUUAGAUGGGGGAAACAUGGCAUGUGGAACUGAGAUGGUUGCUGAGGCUUUGAUUAGAUGCCAGAGGGUAGUAAUAACUGUCAUCAGCAAAGGUGCUCUUUUUAGCUGGAACCCUACACGGUGGGCCAAGCUUAAGCUUCACAUUGCAGCAUGUAGAGUCUGGUGCUCGUUUGUGGCACAGGAGAUUGGGGAGGGAGGGGAGACAGACAACCUUUGUUGGAAGCUGUGACAGUGAGAGGGAGGGGGAGAACGAGAACGGAGGGUCGGAGAUCCGACUCGUUUCGCUUUGAGAUGCCAGAUCUCGUCUCGGGGGGUCCCAUCGGGCAGCACGCGGGGCCCACAAGGGAGGUUACACUUACACUGGCGCGGCAGCCGCGCCCGACCCGUGCCACGUUCCCGCUGCUCUUGCUUCGAGGCGCCUCCACGUGGUCCCCCGCUUUCACCCCGUCCCACCUGCCUUCUACCCGGUCUUUUACUUAAUGUGGGACCCUCUCCUUCUCCAACGGGCUGCAGGUAGGAAAUCGGGUGAUGAGAUAACCAGCAAAAGAGUGCUCUCGCACACGGUGGUAUCCCUCUCCCUUCGCGCUUCUCUCUUCAUUCAUCUCUUCUGCAAGACUGUCUCUCUUUCUUUCCAUCUCCUUCUCCAUUUGCUUCUAUUCUUUUCUUGGCUCAUGCUAAAAUCCUUUUCUUCUCUCACCCAAAUCGACUGGUGCAACAAAAGUUUAAAGCCCUAACAAGGUAAGAGAGUGGGAUAGAGAUAGAGAGAGAGGAUUUGCAGCUCACAUGGAUGGCAAUGAGAGGGAGAGAAGUUAGCGUUGGAGUUUUGGGCUAGGGUUAGGUUUUCUCUUGGGACGUGGAAUGGUGCUUCUGGGAUUGGGGAGCAAUGUCGGUGCCGUAGGGGGCUGUUGAUGGGGUGCGGGAGCUCGAAGGCGGAGGAGCCGCCGCUGGUGGCGCUGUGCCGGGAGCGGCGGGAGCUCAUCAGGGCGGCGGCAGAGCACCGGUUCGUCCUCGCGGCGGCACACGCCGCCUACUUCCGCGCGCUCGGCCGCGUCGGGGAUGCCCUCCACCGCUUUGUCCAGGAGGAGCUCGUGGCGGUGGCGCCGGCGUCCCCCGUCCUUACAUUGCCGCCGUCCGAAGGGAAGGGCAAGGCGAAAGCCAAGAUCGAGAGGUCGGAGGGGGAAAGCCACGGUGGCGGCCCGGUGGGCGCUUCGGCAUCCUCUUUUGUUUCGAUCUCCCACUCGCAUUCCGACGAUUCCCACCUGCAUUUGCCGUCCGACGAUGAGUCCGAGGAGAUCACUGGGGAAAGUAGUGAUAUUGGUGGAGGCAGUGAGGAUUCGGUGCGUUCUUUUCCUCAUCAUCCAUUCUAUGGUGCUCCCAUCCCUAAUUACCACUACAUGAAAUCGGCCUCCACGGUCUCCUCCACCACAGUUUAUCAGAAUAGCUAUCCCACAUGGUCCAACACGGCCCAUGUGGGAUAUGGCUACUACGGCUAUCCAGUGUACAGUGCCCCGAUGGAUCCAUUGCAGCCGCAUGCUCAUGAUGAGCAUUUCUAUCAGAACCCGCCUCAGAGGGAGGAUAAGCCUUCUGAUCCCCCUCCGCCGCCACCACCCGCAGAUGGAUCUGCUUGGGACUUCUUUAACCCUUUUGAUUCAUACGAGCAGAUGAUCCCUGGGUACUUACACGGAAACUAUGGAGUGGGUUCGGUGACAAGCAGUCCUAACUCGAGCGAAGUAAGGGAGAAGGAAGGCAUUCCUGAUCUGGAAGAGGAAACAGAGCAAGAGUCUGUUAUUGCGCCAGUGAAAGAGAGGAAGGGGGCAGAUAAGGAUGCUGCAGGGAGUGUUUCUGGUGAGAGGGGCUCGAAUGUGGCAGCAAUGGAGCAAGAAGCCAUUGGCAAAGGUGAUGCAGUUGCGCCGGAAGUAAAAGAAGAGAGUCAGGAUAUUUCUUCGGUCAGCAAAAUCGAAGAGGAUGAGAUGGAAAAGAAUACGAAGAAGAAAACUGUGAUCUUUGAGGACAGAACAUCACUUGUCACAGAUGACAGCAAACCGAGUAAAGAAAAUGCAUUAUCUGCACAUGGUACGAGGAACGUGAUGGAAGUUGUGACUGAAAUCAAAGAACAAUUUGAGUCAGCUGCUAACUGUGGUAAAGAGGUCUCUGAGAUACUUGAGGUAGGCAAGUUACCGUACAGAUCAAGAAACCGAAUUCUGAGAGUGAUUUUAUCGAGAAUUUUGGACCCUGUGGUUCCGCCUGUUCGGCCAUCAUCACAACCAUCAUUCACGAGUUCACAACUUCCAGCUUCAAGGUCAUUGAAAGUGAAAAAAGCUGAUCGUGCUGCUUGGGGAAAUAUGGAUAUUGAUCCUGGCAAACUUUCAUCAACACUUGAAAAGUUAUAUAUAUGGGAGAAAAAACUUCAUAAAAAUGUGAAGGAAGAAGAAAGACUGCGAGACAUCUAUGAAAGGGAGUGGAAGCAACUCAAAGCUUUGGAUGAAAGUGGUGGAGAAUCUUGGCAGAUAGAUUCUACACAGGCUUCCAUAAGAAAUUUGGUUACAAAACUGAACAUUGUGAUUAGAUCUGCCAAUCACAUUUCAAGCAGGAUACACAAAAUAAGAGAUGAAGAGUUGCGACCCCAGCUGACUGAAUUAAUCCAGGGAUUGUUGAAAAUGUGGAGGUUUGUGCUUGAUUGCCAUCACAAGCAGUUUCAGGCCGUUGUUGAAAGCGAAAGCCAGAAUUUUGUUGCCAGAACAGGUGGUUCUGUUGCUAAAGCCACCAUAGAAUUGGAGGUGGAACUCUUGAACUGGUGUGCCUGUUUCAGUAAUUGGAUCAAGGCUCAAAAGGCUUAUAUUGAGGCCCUAAAUGGGUGGUUGCUGAAAUGGCUUCUCCAGGAAAGGGAGGAGACACCUGAUGGGGUUGCACCAUUCUCCCCGAGCCGAAUUGGAGCACCUGGUGCUUUUAUAAUCGCAAAUGAUUGGUACCAUAACAUGGAUGCGAUAUGUGAAGCUGAAGUGAUAGAUUCGAUGCAGACUUUUGCUAUAAACAUACAUAGGUUGUGGGAGACACAAGAUGAGGAGCAGCGCCAGAAGCUAAAGGCCGACUAUUUGUCCAGAGAUUUUGCGAGAAGGCUUAGGUCACUGCAGAAGGAAAACGGGAUGCAUGGACAGGCACAUGUGCCUAUCUCGAAUGGUAACGAUGCUUCACAUCCUGAGCACAAGAUGUCCUUGGAUGCAAUGAAAAGAAGACUGGACGAAGAGAGGGCCAAACAUGAAGAGACCAUAAUUCAGCUCCAGCAGGCGACUGCCAGCAAUUUAAGGAGGGGCUUAGUUCCAAUAUUUCAAGCACUGGAGAAUUUUUCCUCGGAGACAUUGAAAGGUUAUGAGGGAGUUAGAAUCUCGAAUGAUGGUGUUGGAACUUAAAAAUAGCUCUGCUGGUUUAUUUUGGUUUUCCUCGAAGGGCAGGUACUUCCCAAUCUGGAGGUUAAAUGGCAGUAUAAUUCUAAAAGAUCCAACAAUUGCUCAGAACUAAAGGAUACGUUGUGGAAAGAAUUGGAAGGCUCCAAGUUGGACCAUAGCUCAUGCCGCUCUCUGCAGAUUGUUAAGGGUCGGGGUUAAUUGCUGCAUUUAGAAUAACUAUAGGAAUUACAUUAUUCGUUAAUGCAUUUUUGAAGGACAGGUUUUUGGUGGCAGUGAUGCUGACGAGGAAGAUGUGCUUCAGUGCCAAUCGGCAGCAAGGAAACAGCAGUUGAGCUCUCUUUUUGCUCCUCCCGUAAUGAGUGAAUCUUAGAAUGGAACAGUUUAGCAGAACUCAUCAGAUCGUACUAGCACAGGCUGUCUUAAGAAUCUUAUGAUGCAUCUGUCCAUGGCGCGACUAAUGGGGCCUGAUAAAGCUAUGUAUAAGUGCAGUAGAAGCCAAAAGUGAGCUGCCAUAUUUUGACUCCCCCCUGGUGCUUAUUAGAUGAUACAAUGCAAGAGCUGCAAUGUUUUGGUCUGUGUCAAACCUGGUUCAUCUUCUGCAGCAUGUGUAGCUCCGCAGCUGUCGGGUUUACAGUCUCUGACCCGAAGGACUUAUCCUCUUGUUUUCCAGAUCUAGAUCUCCUUUUACUACAUGACAACUUGACUGUCUCUGAUCCACAGAACCUGACAACCCAUAAAUGCCACAAGGUUGCAAUCCCAGCCUCUGCUGCAGCAGCUGAAGAAAUGUCCGGGUAAGUGAGUUGGACUGGCAAACAAUUAAAUCUAAGUUAUAUGACUGCAACCAAUUCUAUCAUUAUAACUCACUACUUGGAUAUUGAUGUUAACAAACCCAAAAAUAUUUAUAAAUGACUAGAUAAUGGAAUGGGUUUGUAGUAGAAA